CUACUGGCCUAUUGAUUUUUCACACACACUUUUCUAUCCCUCUGCCAGACAGAGACCUCUCGAACACAUUCCCUCCCCCCAAUACAGUUCUAUAUAUUUCUAUCCAGGCCGAACAACAAUCACCCAGCCAGCAGGAUGAGCGGAAAGUGUUGUGGGAAAUCCUCCUCAAAGUCCUCCAGGAAGCGUGGAAAUAGUAGAAACACCAGCCAUAACCACAGUUCCAGAUGUGUGUCGCCGCCGCGGGAUCUGGUCAGUACGCCGGAGCAUAUGCGUCCUGGAUAUUGCGGGCAGGUCCGGCAAUACAAUCCCCGGGACUUUGGCCUGACCGGGAACGAGGAGUGGCGCCAUCCACGCAUGUUCCGCGACAUGACUUAUGAAACAAAUGCGAGCUUUCGACAGCAGCGGCCAUGUCGCCAGCCGUACUCUUCAACGCCGGCGGGAAUGAAUUUGAGCAAUCUGCCGGAUGAGUGCCUGGCGGACAUGUCUGCGCCCAAUUUCGAGAGCAGCCGGCUCGAGGCCAGCGACGAGGAGUGCCAGUCUCCGUGCGAGAGCCACUGCAAGACCGGAAAGGACAGUCGCUAUGUGGACGUGGUCUACAACGAGAUUGUGGAGCGAUUCAAGACGCUGAGACGGCGCCUGGCCGAAGGAGACCGAUUGCGACGGGCCAAGAUGAGGGCCAGAAAGGAUUCAAGCUCCUCCAGACAGACAACGCGACGCAAGAUAAUAACCCGUCACGAUCCCUGUGGCCUGGUGACGAGCCAAAUCGAGGUGACCACCGUUUCGAACUCGAUGCCCGAUCAGGGCUCCAAUGAGUGCACCCCCGCCAGACGUGGCUGCGAGCCGGCACGCCGCCUGAACUUCUCCAGGGCCCACAGGUCGCAAAACCUGGACGACGAAUCGAUGCCGACUUGCCACGAUGUCUCCAUGCCGCAGGAGUGCCUCGAUGAAAUGACAAUGCCCUCGUACUCGUCGCGCGGGGCCAGUUCGAGGCCCAUGUCCUGCCUGGAGGAUGAGACUAUGCCCUCGUUUGGCCAGACUUCCGGAAUGACACAUCGGCAACUGUCCAUGCCCAGCGAGUGUCUGGACGACAUUACGGAGCCCUCGAUGGCCAAGAGCAGAUCCCGUCGAUCGAAGCGUGCCUCGAGGAUGACCAAUGAGUGUCUGGAUGACAUGACGAUGCCAUCCUUUGGAGCGUCCACCACAAAGUCUUCCAGUCGCUCCCGGAGAUCCUUCAACUCCGGAGUGGACUGCUGUCUCGAGGAUGUGACAAUGCCGUCGUAUGGAGAAGUGUCCAACUGUUCGAGGCGACAGCCAACCCUGCCGAGCGAGUGCCUCAACGAUGUGAGCGCUCCGUCCUUCGCCAGUCGGGGGCACAGGUCGAUGCGUGGGAUGUCCGCCCACUCGACGCGGUAUGGAAACACAGAUUCCGGAGUAGACUGCUGCCUCGACGACGUGACUAUGCCCUCGUUUGGAUGCGCAAACGAGUCGUCCCGGAGGCCCGUCCCGUACAGCCUGCCAAUGGAGUGCCUGAACGAUGUGAGUGCGCCCAGUUUCGAUCAGUGUGCUUCGCGAGGAGAUACAUCGAGAAUCCAGAAGUCGUCCAGAUCGAUGAGGCAUUCAGUAUCGCCCCGAAGAGCCCCCAUGACCAGUGAAUGCCUCGAAGAUAUGUCCAUGCCGUCCUGCGGCGGCAUAUCCUCCUCUUUCCAGGCGAAAUCCCCGCGGAGACAACAGAUGCCGAGCGAGUGCCUGGAGGACAUGAGCAUGCCGACAUGCUGUGAUGUUUCCGGGGCCUCCAGUCGCGGCCACUACAGUCGACGCCGGUCGAGAUCCCUGUCCAUGAAGAGGCCCACCGAGUGUCUGGAUGAUGUCAGUAUGCCAUCGCUCGGUGCAGCUUCCGACACCUCCAGAAGACGGCUCUCCAUGCCGAGCGAGUGCCUGGACGACAUAAGUGCUCCGUCGUUUGGCAGGAAUAUUUCACAGGGCGAUAGUCGCGGACAGAGAUCCAUGCCGCUCCAGAACCUGGCCGACAUAUCGGCGCCUUCAUUCGCCAACUCCACGGAAUAUGGAGGAACUUCCAGGUCAGCCAGAGCUAGAAGCUCCAGGCGUGCAAUGGGCAAUAUGUUAUCCGGACGAGGACAGUUCUCGGACGAGUGUCUGGAUAAUGUGACGAUGCCAUCGUUCGGCGGGGUGUCGGGAUCCUCGAGACACAAGUCCCAGAGAUCCAUGCCAAGCCAAAACUUGGGAGAUGUAUCCGCGCCAAGCUUUAUGAGUUCCGGGCGCGGAGAGUGCUUGGACGAUGUAACCAUGCCAUCGUUUGGCAGAGCAGCUGCCUCCUCCCGGAGACAGAUGACUCUGCCGAGUGAGUGUCUCAAUGAUGUGAGUGCUCCGUCCUUUGGAAGAAGCUACUCGCGAGGAACCAGUCACUCCCGGAGGUCCUGCCCCUCCCAAAACCUCUGCGAUGAGUCUGCUCCCUCGUUUCCUCACUCCUCAAGAAAUCCGAUGACCAGCGAGUGUUUGGAGGACGUAUCUAUGCCGUCCUUUGGUGGAGUUUUGUCGUCCAGCUCGCGUCGUCGUCAACCCACUCUGCCGAGUUGUUGCCUGGAGGACAUAAGCGCCCCAUCUUGUUGUGGCGUAUCCGGGUCGUCGAGAAGGCAAAACACUAGCAUGCCGGACGAGUGUCUCGAGGACGAAAGCAUGCCGUACUUCGGCAACAUCUCCGGCAUAUCCCGCGGCCAGUCCGCAGCGAUGCCCAGCGAGUGCUUGGAGGACGUGAGUCAGCCCUCUGCCUUCGGAAGGUCUUUUGGGCAAUGUCCUCCAAGGCAUCCGCCGCAGCCAAGCUUCCACACCAACAACGAAUGCCUGGCGGAUGUGACCAUGCCCACCUUGGAAGAUUUCUCAGAAAAUUGCAGGAGUCGACAGUCUCAACAGAGAUCACGACAGAGUCCCUGCCACAUGACAGCGCCAAUUUAUGCCAGAUCCAGGCGGAGCAUGAUGCCCGAAUGCAUAGAGGACAUGACGAUGCCGAGCUGUGGGCAGGUGUCGGGCACAUCAUCUCGCAGCAGAAGUCGUCGCCGUGAAAGGACGAUGCCCUCGCAGAACAUUUGCGAUAUAUCCGCUCCCACUGCCAGUUCGCGCCGAGGACAGACGACUGGAGAGUGCCUGGAUGACAUGACGAUGCCCUCCUAUGGCAACUGUUCUGGAAGACCUCAGGACAUCAGCAAAAUAUCAGCUCCUUCCAUGGUGAGUUCCAGAAUGGAGUCCACGCGGAAUGAAUGCUUGGAGGACAUGAGCAUGCCCGCCUACGAGAGUUUCGGCCGGGAUUGCAACGAGUGUGAGUCCAGACCGACAGGAUCAAGGUCCAGAAGUAGAAGUGCCGUGUCCAGGCAGAGGUGCCGACAACCCACGAUGACUAGCGAAUGUCUGGAUGAGAUGACCAUGCCCUCGUUUGGCGGAGUCAGCGGCUCCUCCAGGAGACAGCCGACUCUGCCGAGCGAGUGUCUGGAGGAUGUGAGCGCCCCGUCGUUCGGCAGAAGGACAAUACGAAAGACCAGCAGGACCCAGAUAUCCGAGAAUGUAGCCGACAUAUCGGCACCAACGUUUACAACUUACUCCGAGGAAACGACCAAAAUCCAAACAGAGUGCCUGGACAAUUCAGGAGCUUCGAGAGGCAGAGCGUCAACGGCGAUGACCAACGAGUGCCUGGACGACGUGACAAUGCCUUCCUUCGGCGGAGUGUCUGGAGCUUCGCGGAGAGUACUCUCGCCGCGGCCCCGUUCGACGCCAUCCGGCGAUGCCAGGGCCAUGAGCUACACCCCUGCGAGGGGCCAUCGUCGUCAGCGGUCCGCUCCGGCGAAUAUAAGCGAGUGCUUGGAGGAUGUGAGUGCUCCCAGCUUCGGCAACUGUACGGGAAUGUCCUCCCGCCGUGGUCAGCAUUCAAGCAACGAGUGUCUCGAGGAUGUCAGCGCUCCCAGCUACCCCAGGAGCAUGGAAAUGUCCUCCCGGCGAGGUCAGCUCUUCCCGAGCGAGUGCCUAGACGAGGUUACUGCUCCCAGCUUCGGUAACUGUACGGGAAUGUCCUCCCGUCGGGGCCAGGAUCUAACGAACGAGUGCCUUGAGGAUGUCAGCGCUCCCAGCUACCCCAGGAGCAUGGAAAUGUCCUCCCGACGAGGAAAGCUCUUCCCGAGCGAGUGCCUAGACGAUGUCACUGCCCCCAGCUGCGGUAACUGUACGGGAAUGUCCUCCCGUCGGGGCCAGGAUCUAACGAACGAGUGCCUUGAGGAUGUCAGCGCUCCCAGCUACCCCAGGAGUAUGGAAAUGUCCUCCCGGCGAGGACAGCUCUUCCCGAGCGAGUGCCUAGACGAGGUUACUGCUCCCAGCUUCGGUAACUGUACGGGAAUGUCCUCCCGUCGGGGCCAGGAUCUCACGAACGAGUGCCUUGAGGAUGUCAGCGCUCCCAGCUAUCCCAGGAGCAUGGAAAUGUCGUCGAGAUGGGCUCAGCCCAUGACCAACGAGUGCCUGGACGAUGAGAGUGCUCCUAGUUUCGCUCCCAACAGCGGAAUGUACUCCCAGCAUGGUCAGCAGUCUUUGGAAUGCCGGGACGAUGCCUCCAACAACGAGUGUCUGGAGGAUGUGAGUGCACCCAGUUUUGCUAGAAGUAUCUUGGUUUCCCCCCGGCGGGGACAUCAAACCUCGAACGAAUGUCUGGAGGAUGUAAGUGCGCCCAGUUUCGGCACCAGUAUGGGAUACUCCAGCAGACCUGGACAGCACUAUCCGUCGGAGUGCCUGGAUGAUGUGUCGAUGCCCAUGAACAUAUCGUACAACACCUCCGAUCCCAGAUCGGUGAAGCACCGGCCCAGAGACGUCUCCUAUCCCUCGGAGAUGUUGUCGAACCAGAGCUGUCCCCCCUAUUACUCACAAAACGAAAACGGAAUGGAGGACGACGAGUGUGGCUGUGCAGAUCCGGAGGCCAGGUCGAGGCAUUCCCCAUGGGGCAAUGGAACUGAUGCCCGGUUGGAGGACGAGAGCAUGCCGUCUUGCCAGGACUUCUCGGGUCAUCCUCGGAGUCAUAACCUGACCAUGCCCUGUCCCGAUGAACUGGAGCCCGGCUGCUGCUCCGCGGAAAGAAACCCGAAUGACUUCUUUAGUUCCACACGGAACGAGCAGUCUCCUUGCCAGGAGCCCAAGGAGAAGAGCUCCGAGAAAGAUAAGUGUUUGAAGGAUACGUCCAAAAAGGGGCCGACUGUCGUGAAACAGAUUACGGUGCGCCGCUCCACCACGUCGGUUACCAGGGUCUUCGAAGGCCAACCAGAUCAGCUCAUGAACGAGGAUGGGUCGCUGGAGUACGAGGAGCAUAGAGCAUGUGACCCCAACCGAGACGACGAACGAAUCGAGGACACUUCGAUGCCGAUGAUGGACAGAACGCCCACCGAUGCUCCGAUCGGAUACCUUUCCGACAUCACUGAACCGACCUUCGGGCCGUCCUUCAACUCAACGGAGACCAGUCAGCCCACUAACAAAAGCGGAUCCUACCACGGCUUCACCUCGAUGGAUAACUACAUGCCCUUCGACGAACUGGUCGGAUCACAAACUCCGAGUUCGACUCCCGGGCGGUCUAAGUGCCAUAAUCGCAGCAAGAACCAGUCGCGGAAUCAGUCCAAGAAGAGCGGCAAUCGCAGCCGAAACUCGAAUACAUCCCAGGCUCCCAGGACUCCGGGCCAUCCCUGCAACAUGGUUAGCACCAGUUAUCCCUACGGGAAGCCCCAUUGCCAGAAUCGGCCUCCUUGCUAAAAAAAAGCGCCACUCAUCGGCUUGGAAAGAAAACAAAAAAUAUUUCAAGGGAGGGAACAAAAAAAGAACAAAACUCAGAAAUCAUCAAAACACUAAAAAAUUGUACUCAUUUUUAUAACUACGAUAAGAUAGAUCAGUAUUUUACAACACAUUGAGGCAAUUUCCGUUGCAAAACAAUCGCAAAACAACAGAAAAUACAAAAAUAAAUAUAAAAUAAAAUUGGUAACAAAUCGUUGAAGGAAGCUUGCAGCGGAAACGC